CAAUCUUUUCUUGUCCUUCCAGGUGUUUCCAGUGCUGUGCCCUGGAUGUGCUCUCUUUUCCUUAGAGCCCAGAGAACUUGCUUUUCCCCCUUAUAUGACCCUUAACAUUUUCUAACACAUUAUUAAGGGCCUGUGUCUAUCAGCUGGGGGCACCUCUUGAAGUGAGGGCCUUCGUGUGGUCUGUUUCUAGUGAAUUCUAGCUUUAACCCAGAGCCUCGUGAUUGCUGGGUGCCCAUAGCCUUCUUGCUGAAUGGAGGCACAGUCUCCUUGGGAAGAGAGAAUCCAUGAUAGACCCACUUGGGAGCUCCCCACUUCAGGUGCCUGCAGACUGGUGAUGCAACGGAAUGCCCAAGAGUGACCUCAUAAAGCAAGGAUUCCCUUCGUGGCCCCUUCUCUGCUGCCUCUCAGAAUCCAGACGCUAAAGAAAAUCCCUAAGCAGAGAUUUUCUGUUGGAUGCUAAAAGCAAGGAAUAAAAGUUGAAAAAUUUGGAAAAUGUCUCAACACCGUCGCCAGAGCCAGUCAAGAGUCCUUUCUAGUUCACCAGUUGAUACUACAUCGGUGGGAUUUUGUCCAACAUUCAAGAAAUUUAAGAGGAAAGAUGAUGAGUGUCGGGCAUUUGUGAAGAAAGUCAUAAUGAGCCGUUUCUUUAAGAUAAUUAUGAUUAGCACUGUCACAUCGAAUGGCUUUUUUAUGGCCUUGUGGACCAGUUAUGAAAUAAGAUACCGCUUGUUCAGACUUCUUGAGCUCUCGGAGAUCUUCUUUGUGUCCAUCUGCACAUCUGAGUUGUCCAUGAAGCUCUAUGUGGACCCCAUCAAUUACUGGAAGAACGGCUACAACGUGCUGGAUGUGAUCGUUAUGAUCAUUAUGCUUCUCCCCUAUACCGUCCGCGAGCUCAUGGGCAGACAGUUCAGUUACGUGCAUAUCGCUGAUGGCAUGCAGUCCCUGCGCAUCCUCAAGCUUAUCGGCUAUAGCCGGGGCAUCCGGACGCUGAUCAUUGCUGUGGGACAGACAGUCUAUACUGUGGCCUCUGUGCUCCUCCUGCUCUUCCUCCUCAUGUACAUCUUUGCUAUCUUGGGCUUCUGCCUGUUUGGAUCUGCAGACAAGGGUGACCAUGAUAACUGGGGGAACCUGGCUGCGGCUUUCUUCACCCUCUUCAGCUUGGCCACGGUUGAUGGCUGGACAGACCUGCAGAAGCAGUUGGACAAUCGGGAAUUUGCUUUGAGCCGGGCAUUCACCAUCAUCUUCAUCUUGCUCGCCUCUUUCAUCUUCCUCAACAUGUUCGUGGGUGUGAUGAUCAUGCACACGGAGGACUCCAUCAAAAAGUUUGAGCGAGAGCUGAUGUUGGAGCGGCAGGUGACGCUCAUGGGAGAGAAGCAGGUGAUUCUGCAGCGGCAGCAGGAGGAGAUCAGCAGGCUGAUGCACAUACAGGAAAAUGCUGACUGCAAAAGUUUCAGUGAACUGGUGGAGAACUUUAAGAAGACCUUGCACCACACUGACCCCAUGGUCUUGGAUGAUUUUGGCACUAGCCUACCCUUCAUUGAUAUCUACUUUUCCACUCUGGACUACCAGGACACAACUGUCCACAAGCUUCAAGAGCUGUACUAUGAGAUCGCGCAUGUGCUGGGCCUAAUGCUGGAAGACUUGCCCCAGGAGAAGCCCCAGUCCUUGGAAAAGGUGGAGGAGAAGUAGCUGGGCAUGGGGACACCCAUGUGCUGAGAGCCUUGCAGACUAUGACAGGUCCCUAUUAAACACAGGCUUUCUGAGUUGUCCUCUC